AUGGCUUGCUUUAAAGUCUGCCUUUAAAAUAGUAACCUUUGCUUUUGUUUGCCGGCCUCUUUAAGAUUCGGGGAUUGUGAAAUUGUGAAUGAGUGCAGAGAAGUCACGAGACCACCCAUUGAUAGGUCUGCAGGCAGGCUGAGCGGUGCAGACGAGAGCUAGAGACUGAGCGUUGAUCCGUGUAAUGUUCAGUCCUCUGGUUCUCAACGUGUCUUUCUGUGAAAUUUUCACAGGCCGUACUCGACAGAUUCUGAUAUGGACUAUGAGAGGCCAAACGUUGAAACUAUCAAAUGUGUUGUGGUAGGGGACAAUGCAGUCGGAAAGACCCGCCUUAUCUGCGCCCGGGCGUGUAAUGCUACACUCACUCAGUACCAGUUACUUGCUACACAUGUGCCCACAGUCUGGGCAAUCGACCAGUACAGAGUAUGUCAAGAGGUAUUAGAGCGCUCUAGAGAUGUUGUGGAUGACGUCAGUGUGUCCCUUCGACUCUGGGAUACAUUUGGGGAUCAUCAUAAGGACCGGCGUUUUGCAUAUGGGAGGUCAGAUGUUGUGGUGCUGUGUUUCUCAAUAGCGAAUCCCAACUCUUUGUACCAUGUAAAGACCAUGUGGUACCCUGAGAUCAAGCACUUCUGUCCGCGUGCUCCUGUCAUCUUGGUAGGCUGUCAGCUGGACCUGCGUUAUGCAGAUCUGGAGGCGGUAAACAGGGCACGGAGGCCAUUAGCCAGACCUAUUAAAUCCAAUGAGAUUCUUCCUCCAGAGAGAGGCCGGGAGGUGGCCAAAGAACUGGGAGUCCCAUAUUAUGAAACCAGUGUUGUUGCUCAGUUUGGUGUCAAGGACGUCUUUGAUAAUGCUAUUCGAGCUGCUCUCAUCUCACGCCGCCAUCUGCAGUUCUGGAAAUCUCACCUCAGAAAUGUUCAGCGGCCUCUCCUUCAAGCGCCCUUCCUGCCACCGAAACCUCCCCCACCUAUAAUCACUGUGCCUCCUCCCCCUUCCACCACAGAGGAGCAUCCGGUUGGUCUUCUGGAGGACCCACACUGUGCUGAUGUCAUCCUGGUUGUGCAGGAGCGACAGAAAAUCUUUGCACAUAAGAUAUACUUGGCCACGUCCUCCUCAAAGUUCUACGACCUCUUCAUUAUGGACACGCAGAACGAAGAGAGUGAAAAACCCGCCCGGGGUCCUCUCUGUGGAAGAGAGCUGCUGAUGCGCGCUGCUAGCUUUGAUGUUUGUGAGAGCAGUGACGAUGGAGACAGGGCCAACCUGAGAGCGUGCACGAGUGACGGCACCUUGAAAGACUGCGAGGGGGGUCGACGAGGCAGGCUGCUCUCCUCAUGGAGUCGCGCUUUUAUCAGCAUCCAGGAGGAGCUGGUAGAUGACCCUGUAGCGUACAGCCCCAGACUCAUGACCGUAGUACACAUGGACCAGUCAAUCCAGCUCAGUCCUUUUCGAGCAGUACUGCGCUACCUGUACACCGGUCAGCUAGAUGAGAAUGAGAAAGACCUCAUGCAAAUUGCACACAUCGCUGAACUGCUGGAAGUGUUCGAUCUGCGGAUGAUGGUGGCAAACAUCCUCAACAACGAAGCCUUCAUGAAUCAAGAAAUUACCAAAGCCUUCCAUGUACGGCGCACAAACCGAGUCAAGGAGUGCUUGGCCAAAGGCACCUUUUCUGAUGUAGUUUUCAAACUAGAUGAUGGGACGAUCAUGGCUCACAAGCCUUUGCUCAUCUCUAGCUGUGACUGGAUGGCAGCUAUGUUUGGCGGACCUUUUGUUGAGAGCUGCACCAAGGAGGUGCUGCUUCCCAACACAACUCGCAACUGUAUGAGGGCUGUGCUGGAAUAUCUCUACAUGGGCAGGUUUUGUUCCCGACCCGACCUGGAUGCAAUGGAGCUGAUUGUUCUUGCCAAUCGCCUUUGCCUCCCCCACCUUGUCGCUCUUACAGAGCUUUACACCGUAACAGUAUUGACAGAGGCAGCCAUGAUGGGAACCGACAUUGAUGGUGAUGUGCUGUUAUACUUGGAUAUGGCCCAGUUCCAUGGUGCCCAGCAGCUCACAGGAUGGUGUCUGCACCACAUCUGCACCAACUACAACAGCGUCUGCCGCAAAUUUCCACGUGAAAUGAAGGCAAAGUCUCCAGAGAACCAAGAAUACUUCGAGAAACAUCGCUGGCCGCCUGUUUGGUACUUGAAAGAAGACGACCACUACCAAAGAGCUCGCAAAGAGCGGGACAAGGAGGACUAUCUGUACCAGAGACGGCAAUGUAAACGCAAGUGGCUCUUCUGGAACAUUCCUUCCUCCCCAAACUCAAACUCUCCAUCCGGCUCAUCUGCUAUCAUCUGA